AUGAAUGGGCAACAGUAUCCAACAUAUAAAGACGCAUGCCUUGCACUUGUCUUGCUGGAAGACGACAACCAGUGGGAGUGUAUGCUUGCUGAAGAUGCAUUGAACUGUACAGCAAUACAAAUUCGUCUACUACUCGCUAUAGUGUUGACUACAUGUUUCCCAGCUCGAGCACAGAUAUUGUGGGAUAAUCACAAAGAUUCACUGACUGAUGAUAUAUUGCACCAACAUCGUACACGGUGCAACGAUCUAACGAUAACAUUCAGCGACGCUAUGUACAAUGAAGCAUUGAUUGCUAUUGAGGAUCUUUGCAUUGUCAUUACCAACUUAUGA